UGAAGUACCUUUGAAGAGAGCGUCAAGUUAUUCCAUUGAGGGAAAAAUGAUAGGUGAUUUAUUUAUUUGCGAAAUAAGUCCGUACAUUGACUCCAACUUUUAUUUGUUUUGAGAAUUGAAAGUUUUUAAGUUGCGAAAGAAAAUAUUCUCCAAGGGGUGGAUCACUAUUGACUGUGUGCUUCGAGUGGCUCAGCCAUUACACAAAGGUGGAUUCCUUGGGAUUAAAACACGGAUCUACGGUACAAAAAUGGUGCAUCUUUGAUUUUUAUCAAAGUUUAUUGUCGAAAAAACAAACAAGCAACAUAGGAAAAUGGCGACCGCUGAGGUCGAUAAUUUCCUGGCGGGGCCUCUUGUUACUUGGUUUGUCAGCUGCUUGGAGGACCCCGAUAUUUUAUCCAACUAUAAUGACUUGGUGGAUGGGGUGCUUAUUCACAACGUCUUCCUUCAGAUUGAUCCAGAACCUCUGAAUGAUGGAGUUAUCUCUAGCUGUGGUAACACUUCUAUUCGUAUAAAAAAUCUCGAAAUGAUAGUGGGGAACAUGAAGCAAUUUUACGAGGAAGAAUUAGGCCACUUGAUAAUAAAACAUCCAGAUACAACGAAUUUGGGAAAAGAGCCAGAAGUUCACAUACAGGAUAUGGAGUUACUUCUGCUACUCCUCCUAGGUUGUGCUGUACAAUGCCCCAACAAGAAAAACUUUAUAACAAGGAUAAAAACUCUCCCUUUAGACACCCAACUUGCUAUAGUAGAGUGCAUAAAGCAAGUUACGGAUUAUCACGACAUAGUAAUAACUCAAGACUCAAUGGAGAAUGCAAAUAUGUCAGGUGUCUUUAAAGAGAUUAAAAAACUGAUACACGAGAGGGAUUUGUAUCGUGAGAAAUGGCGUGUUGCUGCUAUAAAUGAUUCAACAUGCCCAAAUGAUUCUCCAGAAGGUAACAAUGAGGGAAUCAUUAAAUCCCAGCAGUUGAAUUCAAUAGCAAAGAAAUCAGCUCGUGAAGAACAUCAUCAUUAUGCUGUUGAAUUGGCUGAUUGGAAAUCCAAAGUUAGAAAACAGCGUCAAGAAUUGGAAGAGAAAACAGAAGCCCUUCUCGAAUGUAAAGAGGAAUUGGAGCACAAUAGACAAUCUCUGGCUAAACUGAAACAAGAGAAUCAAGAACUAAUGCAUGAGGCAAGGACAGCUAAAUCUUACAGAGAUGAACUGGAUGCAGUGAUGGAGAGGGCUGAGCGUGCAGAUCGUUUAGAAUCGGAGGUGGCUCGUUAUCGGGAAAAAUUGACAGACAUUGAAUUUUACAAAACGCGAAUCGAAGAACUACGCGAGGAUAACCGAGUUCUCAUGGAAAAUCGUGAAAUGUUGGAGGAACAAUUGAGUUUAUCCCGACGAAGAGCUGACAAGGUUCUUGAAUUAGAAGCACAAAUAAUAGAGUACAAACAAGUGUUGAACGAUAUGGCACUCGAGCGAGCUGCUGACAAAGAAAAAUAUCAGGAAUUGUACGAUGAGAAUUUGCAGCUACAUAAAUUAAAAAAAGCUGCUGACGAUGAAGUAGCUCGUGCUGGCUCCGUCAGUGAAUCUGAUGAGCCAGUGACAUCUGAUAAUCGAUUAUCUGAGCAAUUAACUAACAAUGCACAGACAAGAGCACUGAAACUUGAACUUGAGAAUCGUCGCUUGAUGGCCCUUGUCGAUUCACUGAAAGAAAAUUCCUUUCACGAAUCAUCAGGCCGUCUUCUUGAGUUGGAGAAAGAAAAAAAGAAAAUGUCAUUAAAGAUGGACUCAUUGACUGAUAAUAACGACAGAUUGAGCCAACAGAAUGCUGACCUAGAGCUCGUUUGCAAGCAGGCACUGGAGGAGAAUAAAAAACUUGAGAAUACAUUAAAAAAUCAGAGGACAUCUUUUGAAAGACAGCAACAAGAUUAUCAAGCCCAGCAUUCUAAGAUCAUUGAACUCGAAAAGAACUAUGAAACGGCGAUUAAAGAGAAGCAGAGAGUUCAAUCCUUACUUGAAAGUGUACAGAGGCGUGCUGAUGAGUUGGAUCGUUCCCUGGAAAUUUCAAAUCAAAAGCUCGAAGACUUGAGACUCAUGGAAAAUAAACUCAAAGAGGCAGAAACAAAAUGCACUGAUGUUGAAAUUAAAAUAGUCACAUUGGAGAAGGACAAGGAGACUGCACUGCGUGAUGUGCACAAGUGUCGUGAGCUCAUUGAGGAGAAAGACGUGGCUCUGGAUAAAGCAACAAAUGAUAUCGAAGUAAUGAGAAAAAAAAUCGACAUACUGGAGAGAGAAGUCGACAAGUCAAUUUCACAAAUUACAAGACUCCAAGAGAUCGAACGAUCUUCAAAAGAGUUGGAUUCGAGGGCAGCUAUUGAUAAAGAAACAAUGGAGACUUUAAAAUCAAAUUUAAUUGCUGAAAAAUUGAAUACUCAACAGCUUCAAACAGCUUUGGAGAAGCUUGGAUUGACUGUUGACUCUUUAUUGACCCUGUCAUCGGAAAAUCUAGUGGAAAGGUUGAUUAAUGUACCUGAAAUGUCACAAUACAUAAAUAAAUUGAUUUGUGAAAAAAUUGAACAUGAGCACAAGAGUUUAGAAAUAGCACCACAAUUUAAAGAUACCGAGUCAGAGAAAGAUGUACCACUUAAUAAACACCUUCAGGAGACGAUUGAAACAUUGAAGAGAGAAUUGGAGAGUUCACAGGUGAAAUUUAAUACUAGUCAAAUAGCUGGUGAAAAUCUACUGGAGGAACAGGCUAAAUUGCAAGUUUGUGUUACGACUCUUCAAUCAAAGAUAACGUCAUUAAAUGCACAGCAUACAGCUUUACAGCUGGCCAAUUCACAAUUGGUCGCUGAGAAAGAGCAACUUUUGAAAGAACGUGAUGUGCAACAACGUGCUCAUCAGCAAUUGUUGCAUGAUCAGGUGACGCUACAAUCAUUGCAUGAGCAACUCAAUAAUGAGUAUGAAAAUCUUCUUCAGGAGCGAGAAACACUCAAAGCUAGUUUGAGGGAUACCAAGAAUCAUUUCAGAACGUUGAGGGAAAAUUUUGAAUUACUCGAAGAGAAGAAUAAACAAUUUGUGGCCGAGCAGGAAGCUUCCCUUUGUAAUACUAAGAGUUUGAAUAAUCUCCGAGGUGAGCAUUCAAAGUUGAAGGAUGACUUUAGAAAUUUAUAUACUGCCACUGAGAAGCUGAAAGCUGAAUACAGAAAUCUCCAGGAGGACUACAGGAAGAAUAAAGUUGAGGCAAAUCGAUUAAGCCUCAAACUCACUGAAUUACAAGGAGAAAUGAGUAUAAAAGAAGAGAGAUGCUCUAAUUUGGAGCUACAGACGAGUAAAUUGAAUCAACGUUGUGAAAUGCUUCUACAAAUGAAUUCUGGACUUGAUAAUAAUAGAAGAUCUCUUAUGGAUCAUGUCAGUGUUCUCUUGAAUCAGUAUCACGAUCUACUGAGUCACUCUUUGGAGGACAAGGAGCAUUAUCACAUGGAGGAGAAAUUAUAUCGUGAUCAGGUGAAUCAUUUGUCGAGGCAGAAGGAGAAAUUGGAGGAGAAAAUUAUGGAGUACUACAGAAAUAAACAGAGUUGUUCAACAAAAAAAAAACGAUUUGGAGCAAGCCUAGUAAAACGAGUCCGAAAAGCAGGCUCUGAUUUAUUGAAUAAGAAUCGUCAAUCAUGGCCAGAUGAGUCAAAACAAUCAGAUGGUAAACUCUACGAGUCUGAGUCGGGUGGCAAUGAUUCAGAUGCCAGUGGAGAGGGUCGUAGAACAGCAACAGAGACACCAGUCCUUGAUAAUGAUUCUUAUUCACUGGGCACACCUGGAACCAGAAGAACUGUCUACUACACCGAUGAUUCGCCAUCACCUGCCACUUCCUUGCCGCCUGAACAAAAAUGCGAUGGCUCUCCACAGAGUCCAAUAAUUGACGAUGAUCCUCAAUCGAAUCGACCAACUCAGGAUCAAACACCCCGUUCUGUUCUUAUUUAUAAUAAAGUAUCGGCAGUUAUAAAUGAGACACAAAGUUUAACAACUCCAGUCAAUGAACAACUACCCAAUGAAGAAAUUGGUGAGCCUCUUCCAGCUAAAGACCCGAAGGUCGGUAAUUCAGUUUGGUAUGAAUACGGAUGUGUUUGAAAUUCUACAGACUGAAAGUUUAAUAAAUAGGAUCGAGUGAUAAUGCAUAGAUACAUAAUAAUUUAUAUUAUGGUUCAAUGGAAUAAGAUACGACUUCUGUUGAAUUUUUUAGCUCUUCUUUUGGUUAAGAAAAAUUGAAUGUUUUUAAAAUUACAUGCAUCUCUUAUUCCAUUAUUCCAUUGAGCAUUUUACUGUUUCUUUUGAUAAAUAAUACAAAGCAAUGCUUCCUUUAUGAUAAAAUGACUAUAUCUACGAUGUAUUAAAGCCAUUUAAUUAUACAUACAUAGAUAUAAAGAUGGCUUAUGUAUGGAGGGAAUUACCCAAAAUAGGCGACGAAUAAGAAUUCUGUUUCAAUUACACUACAUUUUGUUAGUUCUAUUUAAUUAGAUUCUCUUAACCAAUUAUAAUCAUUAAUUAACAUUGUUUUUUUUCUUUGUUUUUCAUUGUCGUAUUCAUGAAAAAUAAAUUUUCAAGAGAAAAUCCAUUCUCUCCAACUGAAUAUGCAUUUAUAACUACUUAUAUGCAUUUUAUUAUAGCCGUAUUGUGAUAUAAAUUGUGAAAAAGAAAACGUUGUAUCUAUCGUCGACUUAUUUUCAAGAAGAAAACAAAUCGUGUAGAAAAUAUUAAGAAUAGCUUGCCGGCUGGUACUUUGGACGAUUAUUCCGUCACCGGUAAAAUAAUUAUUCUUGUACAGAAUCAGCGAGAUUAUUUAUGAAUUCAGUUUCUACCGAAUAGGCUAAUCAACAUGUACAAAAUAAUUCCGGCCCAUUUAUUAUACUAUAUUUAUAUGCUCGUUUUCAAUUUCAUCAACUUAAUUAACAAUGCAUUUUGCAACAGAGGAUAGAAAGAAAAACGUAACAAAGUAUUAUUUGUACUAAAGAACUCGCAUCUCAUAGAAUUUAAGUCAAUUUUUAUAUUUUUUAGUAUUUUGUGCGUAUUAAAGUUUUAAGAGCAAGAAAA